UAAAUGUCAAAUUAAACAUUUUGCAUAAAAAUAAUAACAAUUUUCUUAUUAGAAUCUUUUUAAAUAAUGACUGAGGCAUUAUCGGGCGUAACGGUAGUAAUAAUAAUAGGUUUGGGUGUGUUAACAUUCCUUUUGUUAUUUAUAUUCGCAAAAAGGCAAAUAAUGAGGUUCGCUUUAAGAUCUACAAGAGGUCCACAUAUACCUAUAGGGCAUGAUGCUUCAAAGGUGUUAAGAAGAAAUAUUGAAACUUACAUUGAUAUUAUACAAAGAAUUUCCUGUGAGCCUUUACUUUUGAGUGUAAAUAACUCAAGGUAUAUUGUAUGCCCAACUCAACAAGUAUCUAAUCAUUAUUAUAGGUUAAAAGCUGUUGAUGAUAUUAAAUUAUUAGAAAAAGAAAUUACAAAACAAGAUAAAGAUUUAGUUCGACAACCAAAUGAAAAUUUAAGGGCUUAUUUAUUAUCAACAUUAGCAGCUCCUUUAAAUGGUUCAGGACAAAGACUUAUUCAUCAAUUUUGCGAUUUGUAUGAACAUGCAAGGCAUGACCCUAAUAAUUUCAUGGAAGAUGAAUAUCAAACUUAUAGCAGAUUACUUUUAAAGUUAAUAGAUGCAGCAAAAAUGUUGAAAUCUUUCAAUAGUAGACGGUCAUCACCAAAUCGAACACCCCAAAGAUUUAAAGAAAAAAAUCGUAACAUGCUUGAUCCAUCAAAAUUAACUCCUUUCCGUGGAUUUUUUACUGUACCAGAAAAUAAUGAAACAAACAGUGAUUAUACAGAAACUAGAACAGUUUCGAUGGGUGUUACUACUACAAGUGGAGAGAACGAAUCUACUUAAAGGAUUCAACUUAAAAUUACCCUAAAAUUAUUUCAACAAAAUAUGAAGCAAAUACAAGAGGAGUAUUUAUUAGAUAAAUAAUAAUUUAAAAUAGGAAUUGCUGUAUUUUUAGUAUUUAUUAAGUUAUGAAA